CUAUGGUGAUGUCAAUCAGAAUGGCUUCUCCUCUUCCUCUGAUCUUUCUGCUCAUGAUUUACGAGGUUUCUGGUGCUGAUUGGGGUGUGAGUUACAGUCAUUCACAGAUCUGUGCACUAAAGAACUCAUCAGUGACAAUCUACUGCACUUAUACAUACCCUACUGGACAUCAGAUCAAGAAAAAUUUCUGGACCAAAACGCUUUUUAAAGAUAAUGCAGAGCCUCCAGAUCUGUCUGAGGACCCUGGAUACAGUCAGAGGCUUCAGUAUCUGGGAGAUAAACAGGAGAACUGCACAAUCAGAUUGAGUCAUGUGACACAGAAGGAUUCACAAAUGUACUAUUUCAGAUUCAUAACCGAAAAAGAUAAGUGGACUGGUAAACCAGGAGUGUCUCUCACUGUCACAGAUCUUCAGGUGGAGUCUCCUGAGAGAGUGACAGAGGGUCAGAAUGUCAGUCUGACAUGUAAAAGCAGCUGCGCUCUGACUGACAGAGCAACAUACGCCUGGUACAGAAACUCACAGCCAUUAACUGAGAGAAGAGACAGAAACAAUCAACUCCUGCUGCAGUCAGUCAGAAGAGAGGAUGCAGGCAGAUACAGCUGUGCUGUACAGGAACACAAUCUCACAUCACCAGAAGUGCAGCUCAAUGUCACAUUUGAACCCAGUAGCGUCUCAGUGUCCAUUAUCAGUCCAUCUGGUGAAAUAGUGGAGGGAGAUUCAGUGACUCUGAGCUGCAGCAGUGAUUCAAACCCACCUGCAGAAAUCAGCUGGUUUAAAGAAGGAACGUUUGUAGGAUCUGGAAGCAUCUACAGCAUCUCAAAGAUCAGCUCUGAUCACAGUGGAGAAUACAAGUGCAAGUCCAGAAAUAAUCAUGGAGAGAAAUACUCUGAUGCUGUGACUUUAAACGUCAUGUAUCCUCCCAGGAACAUCUCAGUGUCCAUAAAUGGAUCUGGUGAAAUAGUGGAAGGAGAUUCAGUGACUCUGAGCUGCAGCAGUGAUUCAAACCCACCUGCUCUGAACUUUAGCUGGUUUAAAGGAGGAACAUUUGUAGGAUCUGGAAGAAUCUACAGCAUCUCAAAGAUCAGCUCUGAUGACAGUGGAGAAUACAAGUGCAAGUCUAGAAAUAAACAUGGAGAGAAAUACUCUGAUGCUGUGACUUUAUGUGUCAUGUCAGUCAGAUGGGUUUUGUGGUUUAAAGCAUUUGGUGUCGGUGUGGCUGUUGGUGGUGUUGUUUUUGGACUUGGAGGAGCAUCAGUGUACAUUUGCCUUACUAAAAGGAUGAACAGAAGAUCUGCAAUGAAGAACUCUGGGAACUCUGAUCCCAGUGAAGACGUUAACCUGUGCACCGCAUAUGAUGUAAGUGAGAUGUCAAAUCAGAUGAUCCAUCACAGAUGAUCACAUGAACUCUGUAGUACCCUGAUCCCAGUGUAACAUAAAUACGGCUGGAUAAAGCCGGUUUUCUAAAUGUAAGAAUCCAUGCGAGAUAGUUUUAAAUCUAAUCGCUCAAAGUACGUCAAGGAGGUGGUAUGAGAUGCCUUCCAGAUGGUCAACUGGUCAAGUGUAAAUUGG